UUUCACCUUGCUUAUUGGUUGUCCCUAGUGUCACUCAAUCCCGUUUCUGACGUGUGAUUGAUGAAUUGUUCUGGGGGCGUGUCUGCCGAUUGCCUGCGGCCUCCCACUGAUGGGCGUGUCUGAAAGCCGGAGAUGAGAAAGGGGGAAGGAAUCACAGUGAACUUUCAAAUCACUGGUGAUAAAGGAAGAUUGGAAUUACUGGAUGGUGUUACGGUGUUACGGCCAGGAGCAAAACAGGCAAACUGCAUAGCUUCCUCCUACCACCUGUCCAUAAGCAGAAGACCCAGACAUGAGCUUUUCUAUGGAUAUGCUCAACCAAGGGAUUGCCACCUAUUCUAUGAUACAGACUCUACAAUGAAUGGACAAUCAAAUGCCACAGGGUGGAAACUUCUUGUGGGAAGGAGUUCCAUACUUCCAUCAUCUUUUGUGUGAACAAUGGUUCCCAACUUCUCUCUGGUUCUGAUUUUAAGGGUUACACACAGCAGUGUCCUGGAGAUUGACCUUCAAUUCCUGGAGACUUCAGGCCAAUCCUGAGAUGCUGCAUUCGUCCGCUAAUCCAGAUGUAUUUGCAGUGCUCCUGUCACUGGCUGCUGGGAGCUGUACUCACCACUCUUGUGGCUGGUACUGUGGCCUGUCCAUCUUACUGCAUCUGUGACAACUUUCAGCGUGUGGUGACCUGCAUCAGGAAACAGCUCACAGAGGUCCCCACCACCAUACCAGAGGCCACUAAGAAGCUGGAUAUCAAGGGGAACAAUAUCAACAUCAUUCCAAAUGGAGCCUUCCUUCCUAUUCCUUAUCUUACUCACUUAAAUUUACAGAAAUGUAAGGUUCAACAUCUUGCAGAAGGUGCCUUCCGUGGGCUUGGUCAACUGAUCUACCUGAACUUAGGCUUCAAUAGCAUUGAAUUCAUCUAUCAGGAGACCUUUGAUGGCCUGAUGUCCCUUCAACAACUCAUCAUCGACAACAACAGGAUUGAAGAGAUCAGGCCUGGUGCUUUUGGACAACUGGGAUUCCUAAACUUCUUAAACUUGGGAGGGAAUCUCCUGGUCUAUUUGCCUCCCUUGGUCUUCCAGGGUCUCCAGCAAAUUAAACACCUACGCUUAUCUAAUAACAUGGUCAACAACAUUGCAGACGAGGCCUUUGCUGGACUCUGGACGCUGAAGAGACUGAGUCUGGAUGACAAUGAGCUUCAAUACAUGCCAUCAGAAGCCUUAUCCAGGCUCAAAAAUGUGGCCAGACUGGAUCUUGGCCAGAAUCCCAUGACGUAUCUUGGAGAAGAGUCCGUCCGGAUGCAGUCACUGAAGCAUCUGACUUUGGGCAACAUGGCCCUUCAGGAGGUGUCUCAUGCAGCUUUUGUCCACAGCCCUAAGCUAGCCGUUAUUGAUUUCCGUUACAAUCAACUGCAGGCCAUGCAGCCCCUGGAGGGAGUUGAGGCCUUGAGAAUGAUCAAUCUGACAGGGAACCCAAUCCAGUGCAACUGCUUGAUGAGGCCUUUCCAUGAAUGGAUGACCAACUCCACCAAGCCUAAGGCAGAGGUGUUCUGCAGUGCACCAAGUGUAUUUCGAGGUGAACGGUUGGAUUCCCUGCGGCUAAUUGACCUGAAAUGUGAAAGCCGCCCUUUAGACUAUGAAGAAGAGGAGGAGCUCAAAUUGGAGAGCAAGCCAGAAACAAAUAAUCAAGAAAAUCUUCCAUGCCCAGAGCAUUGUGACUGCAAACAUGACUUACAGCAUUCCAGCUGUGAGGGCAAAGGUCUACGCAAGAUCCCAAAGGGUUUCCCCAUAGAUGCCCGGCUUCUUGACAUGCGCUACAACGAUUUCUACUUAGUGCCUAAAGGCUCAUUCUCAGAUUUGAAAAACCUUGUUUCGCUUCACAUGCAGAACUGCCAAAUUCAUGACAUCCAUGCUGGUGCCUUCCGUGGCUUAAAGAAACUAAUUUACCUGUAUCUGUCUGGCAAUGAGAUAUCGAGUCUACAGCCAGCAAUCUUUGAGGGGCUACCUGACCUGACUUACCUUUACUUAGACUACAACAAGUUAUCAGUCAUACCCAAGGGAGCAUUCAAGCUACUGCCCAACCUCUUUGCUCUUCACUUAGAAUACAAUCCCAUUCCUCGACUGACCGACGAAAACAUGGAAGGAGCUGAGAAGAUACGAUGGCUCUACCUGACAGGCAGCAACAUCACCUACAUUUCCCCAACUGCUCUACAGUCCAUCGGGGAACUCCAGAAGCUGUUCUUGGACGAAAAUAAACUGACGGCAGUUCCCACCGUUGCUCUAAUGGGGAUGCCUAUUUUGGAUGAACUGAAAUUAUCCAACAAUCCCAUUAAACAGAUAGGCAAUGCUGCCUUCCUUCCAGUAGCAGGGUCUCUCCAACAUUUGUGGUUGAAUGACAUGGGUUUGGAGAAGAUCUUUGAUGGGGCCUUUGACGGACUGGAUACAGGGCUGGAGAGCCUCCACCUGGAGAAUAACAAACUGAGCUACAUUCCCAGUCUGAAGAAGUUCACAAACCUUCACGCCAUUGAUCUUUCCAACAACCCUUGGAACUGUGACUGCCCACUCCUUCACCUCCGCAGGUGGAUUGAAAAUACCAAUCUAAAAGUCACGGCCAUCUGCGACCUCCCGACAAACGCCACGGGGCUGAAUGUGCAAGAUGCCCCUUUCAAGGACUGCAAAGGUAACCUUCCUGAGAAGAGUAAAAGUGCGUCGAGUAAGGCGGGCCUGAAGAAAAGAAAAUCCAAAAAAGCCAAGCAACACAGAACAGAAAAGAAGGAUACAAAGAAUAAAGCGCAGUAGAUAAUUUAGCGGAGCUGACAAUGUACUCAGUGACAGAGUGAGCUGAACAAACGGGGUGGCGGAGUGUGCUGAAGUGGGUGUGGGGAAGCUGACUGGGUUUUUAAGUAUGGUUUUUGGUUAUUUUCACCCCUUUUGAGCUUAGAAAUUGCGGUCGCUAUGUAAUAAUAGAAGAAUAUUUUACAGUU